CAGUCCAGUUUGCCGACGCUGUGUACACUGACAGAGACUGGGAAAUCACUGGCGAGUUUACAUGUGUAUGGAUGAAGUACUGUGGAAAUCCAAAACUGAGUGCUGAUUACCUUCCCAUUUUGGAUUAGUAUGUUUGGAUGUGACAAAGUGUAAAAACCGAUAACUGCUGGAGAAGAAGAACGACACAGCAGAAGGCCAGGGAAACACACAACGUGACAGAGGGAGCUCCUGAAGACGAACUGAACACAGGAAAACUGUGUGAAAGAAGCAGAGGGGGAGUGGAGAGAAAAACACUGAGAGAAAGAGAGAAACACUGAAGACAUUCAAAGACGGAUAGAGAGAAGAGAGACGAAAAACGUGGCCAAGCAUGAGAGAGGAGGAGCAGUCUAAUGAUGACCACCAUGAGGGAGGGGUGCUUUCCAGCAAGGAGAACACGGGAAGACAACCUUCUAAUGCAUGUCCUGUUGUUGUAGCAACGCCGGGGGUCACCGGGCGUAAACGGCAGACGGGCUCACAUACAGAGGAUCAUGUUACCACAGUUAUUCCCACCACAUCAGCAGACGAUGGCAAGGUCAAGCCAGAAGAUGACAUCCAGAUCUACACCCCGACUGGACCUAAAAGACUCAAGAAGAGUCCUCAGCAUCGGCCACCUUCCUCAGGCCCCUCCCUUUCUCCAGUCCCCGGUCCUAGUCCUGGAGGACUCUCAGCCCUCGAGGACCCUCACGCCCAGCGGGUGAUUGCCAACAUCCGAGAGCGCCAGCGGACACAGUCUCUAAAUGAAGCCUUUGCCUCAUUGCGUAAGAUAAUCCCCACGCUCCCCUCUGACAAACUGAGCAAGAUCCAGACCCUUAAGUUGGCAUCACGCUACAUUGACUUCCUGUACCAGGUACUGCAGAGUGACGAGAUGGACGCUAAGCUGGCUGGAUGUAACUACCUGGCUCAUGAAAGACUGAGCUACGCCUUCUCUGUCUGGAGGAUGGAGGGGGCCUGGUCGACCAUGUCUGCUGGUCACUAACCCUGCCUGAAAGCUGAUAAAUUCCUCAUGAGGGGAAUAUUCUUACUUCACACAGACAGUCAACCAAUGGCUGACCAGUGUACUCAAAAAUGGAUGAUCAACCACAUCAUCUGUUUGUCUCAAUGGAAAAACUAUCUGACACUUGAUGAGAAGAUAUUGUGAUAGUUUUAUGUGAGCAUUUAAGCCAAUACCCUUUCAUGAAAAUUGUAGUAGCUGUCAUGCUUGUCAAACAUGAGAUGUAAAUAUGGAUUCGUGUGAUUCUAUUGUUUUGCUUGCCAAAAGCAGCUAUUACUACUCAUGUGUGCCAAUGAUAGGUUUGGAGAAAUGUACCACAACAGGGACAGUGUGCUCUGUGUAUGAUUCCUAGCUUUUUUUUAAAGGAUUCUUUUUACGACAUUUGUACUCUGUUUACAUAGAUCACAGUGGAGGACAGGACAGGCGAGAGACAAAAACAGCCGGACUUCAUUCAGCAUUCUUUCAAUUCAGCAAGCUGAUGGUUAAGGACGCCCUGUCCUAAAUGUUGCCUCCACAUGACAGCACGGUUCAUUGUGCUGGAGCCGAAGCUUGACCUCUGGUUUCAUCCGCAUCAUCACCCUUGAUUUUAUCAUCGUAACUGCUGUCAGUGUCACCAUCGUCAUUACCAUCGUCAUCAUCAUAGCUGCUGAAUUAAAGUGACUGUGAUCUUCCCUGUACAUCUCUACUACUUGCUACCAUUUCUGCCAUUCUAAUCACAUGGACUUUGAUGCAAACGGAAACCUUUAGGUACCUCGCUUUUGGAUAAAAAAAAAAAAAAGAUUAUUUAGUAAGAAUAAAAGGCAUCCUUAUCAGGAAGCAUGCUGGUAUUGGGGAAAGGGGACACUUCUAUGGACCACCUAAACCAACAAAAUGCUGUCAAUUUCUUGAGAAGACAUUGACAAUACAGGUCAAGUUGGAGCGGUGUUUGUGUUCUUUUAUUUCAUACUAUUUUCCCCUAGAUACUAUUCCUAGGAAACUUAUGUAAGAGCUGUCACUGGAAAAAGACUUAACCUGCAGAUAAAGUUUUUUUUUUUUUAUAUAUCUCAGACAGUGAUUAGUUUAUCUGUUACACAGUUUACAUACAGAGUGUGAGGCUGUUUGUUUUUUUUAGGAGCAUUUACUUGAAGAAUAUAUAGCAUGGUGCUUUAUGAAAAAUGACUGACACUGAUGCAGGAUGACUGAUUAUAAAUAUUCCAAGCAGAAAAAUCCUUGAAGAAUUAGAUUCAGUGAUACAU